AUGGGUCUCUUCUCCCGCAAGGAUAAGACUCGACGCGGGGACGCUUCCCUUCCCGCCUCACAUUCCACCAACAGCUUCGCUUCGUCCACAUCUCGCCCUGGUAUCAACAGAGUUUCGGCCGGAAGCAUUACGCCAGGAGCCCCCCUCUCGCCUUUAUCUCCUACCAAGCUCCCCAAGAUGGAUCUUCCCCGUCCCCCGGAUCCCCAGCUUGACCCCGCCGGCUAUCUGCGUAGUCUCGGCGCCGUGCGCGAGCGCACCAAGAUUGUAUUCGAGAAGACACUAGCCAACAAGCUACAGCAUUUCGACGUGGAUAUGAGCAAGUUUACUGAUGUCGUCACCUUUGUCUCCGGCUUAAUCAAGAGAGACUACGAUGCGCCAUUCAACACAAUCCCCGGCCACGGGCGCUACCAGCACUUUUGCGUCGGCGGUCGCGAUCGCAUCGCUGACUUGCUGUCCAGUUGGCCCUCCACUGUUGACAACACGGAACGCUGCCGUCGCCUCAUUGACCUGUUCCUCGUCAGCGUCCUGCUUGAUGCUGGUGCUGGCACUUCCUGGGGCUACAAGAGCAAUGAAAAUGGCAAGGUGUAUAAGAGAUCCGAAGGCCUGGCCAUUGCAAGCCUGGAAAUGUUCAAAACGGCAAGCAACCCUGACAAUAAGCACCAGGUAGAUUUCCAGGGUCUCGCCAACUUGACCGUCGGUCAAUUGGCCGCCGGCCUGCAAUCUAAGCCCGGAAACGAGCUUGCCGGCCUGGACGGCCGUACGGAUCUGUUGCUCAAGCUGUCCAGCGCCCUCAAAAGCAAAAGCGAAUUUUUCGGUGAAACAGGCCGCCCCGGGAACAUGAUUGACCACCUUCUCUCUCAUCCAUCUACGCAAGCCUCGUCAAUGCUCAUCGUACCGCUACCUGUGCUGUGGAACGUGCUCAUGGCCGGUUUGGCGCCCAUCUGGCCACAGUCGCGCACAUCCAUCGACGGCGUCUCCCUCGGCGACGCCUGGCCCUGCAACUCAAUGCCUCAGGGCGCCAGCGCCUGGGAGUCUAUCGUGCCGUUCCACAAGCUCACCCAGUGGUUGACGUACUCGCUGAUGCAGCCCAUGCAGUCGCUGCUCAACAUGCACUUUGCAGGCACCGAGCUCCUCACCGGCUUGCCCGAGUACCGCAACGGCGGUCUCUUUGUCGACAUUGGCGUCUUAACGCUGAAAAAGGACGACACGGACCGUGGCCUCGAAAACUACUCAGACUACUGCCGCCGCACCGGCGUCAAGGGUGUCGAAGUUGCCCCCAUGUUUGAGCCCAGCGACGACGUCAUCGUCGAGUGGCGCGCCGCCACCGUCGGCCUCCUCGACCACCUCAUCGUUGAGGUGAACAAGUAUCUCAAGAAGGAGCUGGCGGGCAACGAAAUGACACUGGCCCAGCUCCUGGAAGCUGGUAGCUGGAAGGUAUGUUCCCACACCAUGCAUUGCAGCGUGCCUCCCUUUAACAACGAUCAGGGCGGACGUGAAAUCGCCGAAAUCAACCGGCCAAAUACUAAGGAACCUCCCAUCCUCAUCGAUAGCGACGGCACCGUAUUCUAA